AUGACUGAAGCCAUUUUAGCUAGUCGCCUUCGUGAUAUGGAAGAAGAAAUGAAAUCUGAACGUGAUGUACGAUUUCGUCAAGAAAAAGAAUUAACAGUUUUACGUAUUGAUUUUGACGAACUUGAACAACAAUUCGAUGAAAUAACAACUGCUCGUGAUCGAGAAGUUGAUGCUAAUAAACGUUUAAAACAAGAAAUUCAUGAUUUACGACAAAAACUUGAACUUCAAUCAAGUGAAAGCGAUGAAAAUCAAAAUGGACUUCGUCGUCGUUUUCAAGAUACUCUUUCGGAUUUAACAAGUCAAGUGGAAGCUUUAUCUAAAGGAAAAACAAGACAUGAUAAGGAGAGUAAAACAUUUAUUCUUGAAAUUGAAGAAUUGAAAAUUGAAGUCGAAUCAUUAGCUAGAAGUAAAAGUCAAGUUGUAUCAGCAAAUAAAGAACUUGAAGGACGAUUAAUGGAAAUGAGUAGCAAAGUUGAUGAUGCUAUUCGUCAAUUAACUGAUGCUAAUACAGCUAAAUCACGUCUUGCAGAAGAAAAUUUAACAUUUAGUCGACGACUUGAAACACUUGAAUUUGAAUUAGGAACAUUACAAACAACACAUCGACGAGCACAAGGUGAUCUUGAAGAAGCACGUCUUCAUUUAGAAACUGAAAUGGCUACAAAUCGUACAUUACAAUCAACAGUUAAAAGUUUUCAAAUGGAUUUAGAAUCAACAAAAUUACAACUUGAAGAUGAACUUGAAGCGAAAGCUGAAUUACAAAAAGUAUUAAUUAAAAUUCAAGAAGAAACACGUCAUUUACGUGAUCGUUUAGAAAAAGAAAUCGAAGGCAAAAAUGAAGAAAUUGAAGAUCAACGACGUAAGUUUAAUGCACGUAUCAAUGAAGUUCAAGAACAACUUACUGAAGUCCUUGUUAAAACAAGUAAUCUUGAAAAAAUUAAACAACGACUUCAAACUGAAUUAGAUCAAAUUGGUGAUGAAAUUGAUAAACAACGUAGACGAGCAGAUGAAGCUGUUCGUCGUAAUAAACAAUUAGAAAACGAAACCCAAGAUGCUCGCCAACGUUUAAAUCAAAUAAGUGCUGAAUUCGAAUCAGCUUUACAAGCGAAUCGUAAUUAUCAAAGUGAAUUAGUUAAAUUGAAAAGUUUAAAUGAACAAUUCACUGAACAAAUUGAUAUUGUUACACGUGACAAACGUCGUCUACAAGACGAAAUGGAUGUUGCAUUAAAUCAAAUAUCUGAUUUAAAUACACGUCUUGUCGAAAUGGAUCGUAUUCGUAAACAACUUGACGCUGAAAAAUUAUCAUUAAAUUCAACAAUUGAAGAUUAUCGUGAACAAGUACAUAUUGAAAUAACAAAAUAUAAUUCAUUACAUGGUUCAGUUGAAAGACUUCGUACAGAUUUAGAAAAGAAAAUUCAAGAACGAGAAGAAGAACUUGAUACAAUUCGAUCUGGUCAUCGAAGACAAUUGGAACAAAUCCAAGCACAAAUGGAAGAAGGUGAAGCACGCUUUAAAGCAGAUAUGAAUCGUUUGAAAUCAAAAUCUCAAGCAGAAAUUGAUGAACUUCGUGUUCGUUGUGAAUCAUUUAAAAAAGCUAAAAUUGACAUGGAAAAUCAACUUAAAAAACUUCAAGCUAAUAUUAAAGAAAUACAUGAUCAAUUUAUUGAAGAACAAACAUUACAUGAAGCAUCACGAGAAUUACUUGCUGCAGCUGAUAAACGAAAUGGUCUUCUUCGUGGAGAAGUUGAAGAACUUCGUGUAUUACUUGAUCGCAGUGAUAAAGCUCGUAAAACAACAGAACUUGAAUUACAUGAUUCCGAACAACGAUUAACUGAAACUGUAUCAUUUGCUAAUCGUGCUAUUGCUGAACGAAAGAAAUUUGAAGCAGAUGCUAUACAAUAUCAAGGAGAAAUUGCUGAUAUUCGACAAGAACUUAAGAUUGUUGAAGAACGAGCACGUAAAUUCGGUGCUGAAUUAAUUCAUCGCGAUGAAGAUAUUCGUCAUGAACGUGAAAAAGCUGCUGAAGCUGAAGCUUCAAAACGUGCAUUAGAUCAACAAUUACGUGAUUGUAAUGCUAAGAUCGAUGAAGCUGAAGCGUAUGCUCGUGCUGAAGGAAAACGUCUUGCUGCUAAAUAUGAAGGAAGACUUGCCCAACUUGAAAGUGAACUUGAAUUGGAACGUGCUCGUUAUCAAGAACUUCUUAAAGAUUUACGUCGUAAUGAAAAACGUCUUAAAGAUGUAUUAACACAAUGUGAUGAAGAACAAUCGAAAGUUCUUUCACUUACUGAAUCAUUAAGUAAAGUUAAUGAUAAAAUGCGUGUUUAUAAAUCACAAAUUGAAAGUGCUGAAUCAUCAGCUGCACAAGUAUUAACACGCGCUCGUCGACUUGAACGAGAGCUUGAAGAUGCUGAAGAACGUGCUGAAAUGGUUACAACAACAUUAAUUCGUGCACGAUCUGUUCAUCGUACUGUCGAAUACGAAUAA